GACCGUGGCAGCACGGCGCAAACCAAUAGGCAAAAACCACUGUAGAAGAGGAGAAUGGCUGGCGGACAGUCCUCCGUGUCGCAGGCUUCGUCCAGCCAAGGUCCCAGACGACUACCACUGCAAGUGUUCCUCCGAGAAAACAUGAUGCUCAUCCUUCUGGGCGCCUUCGCAGCACGUAAGCAACAGCAGGCCUCUUACCAUCUCUCACGUCAUCAUUAUGUAUCUUGCUCUCUCUCUGCCCCAUUGCUUAUGUGCAGUGACUGACUGGUUCUCCUGGUGGGAGAUGAACAUCGACGAGCCGUCCCAAUAUACCGUUCCCCUCCUGUGCAAGCGACUCCUUCUCGCAUCUGCCUCUGUCUCUACGGCUCUGCUCGUCCUCAAAUGGUGCCUGGAGUACGUCCAAAUGAAUGCCACACUGGUACGCAAAGGAGACGUCUUCACGUGAGCAGUUCGCUGACGACUUGUGCAUUGCGGUUGCUCAGGUGCAGCGCAAAAAGGGACAAUCGGGCGACAUCGAGUUGAGUGGACGCUCCCGUCUCAUCGACUCGGGCGUGGACUCUCAGGCAGCGACCCCGCAAGGGCCGUCUCCCACGGCACCCAUCAUCGCUCGCUUCCACCGGCCCGACCCUCCUCGGUGGCUCAUCAGGGUGAUCACGGUGCUGAGCGGCAUCUCUGUCCUCAACGACAGCAUCGACUUCAUCAACGUCGUGAUCAUUCUUUGCGCCAUCGGCAACCCCCGAAGCCACGCGAUGGGAAUACUCAUCAGCAAUCUCUCCUUGAAUCUGCUGAACGCCAUCGCCUCAGCCUACAAGGCAAUGGGCUUCGAAGCCUCGCGAGAGCGCAUGCAACAGCUAGCCAUAGCGCAAAGACUAGAAGCUCCCGUCGUCCUCUUUGCGGCCUUGGGUGUGAUCGGUGCUCUUUGCGCUUAUUGGGGGUGGAUCACUUGGUGGAUAAGUUGGAUUGGGGGGUUCUUAUGGUGGCUUGCCUUGGCUUUGAUGCUGGUGAUAUCAAUGUGUGAGACGAUCGCAACCUGCUCGAGAGAGUUUCUUUCAGAUGUUCUUCUCUCCGACUACAUCCGAUUGGCACUCUUGCACGUGCUGAUCGCGGAGCUUGUCUAUACAACGAGCACCUGGAUUACAUUCUUCACGAUUGCGAUCUUCAGCGAGAGAGUCCCGACAUGGCUUUGGCACCUCUACUUUCUCAUCCCCGCUACAGAAACCCUCAUCCUUUACCAAUCUCUAAUCGCAACACUCGAGCAGAAAAUUGACGCCAGAGCCCACGGCCAUUCGACCAACGCACUCCGUCUUUGCACCAUGAUACUGGAUGGCCUUGUGGGCCUGAUAUGCAAUGCCCUCUUCCUCUGCUAUCCCACUUACCAGCUGCAGCUGCUCCCAAUAGCCAACAUCAUUCUGACGGUGGCAGUCGUCAGUUGUCAGCUGAUUGCAGACUUAACGAGACUUCAUCACGCCGAGCUCAUCGACCGCAUCGAUCAGAUCCGAAAGGGAGACACUGUGUUAGUGGACAUAAAAGGGCUUCUCGACGGUGGAGCAGAUCCAAACAUGGCAUGCGGCGAGCCACUCUAUCGAGCAGUGGCGGUCGAGACACAGACCGACAGCGACCGGCCCUUGGUGAGGGAUGCUGUCGCUGCGGCCGCUCGGAUAUUCAAGAGUGUGGAGCUGCUGUUGGAAGCCGGGGCAGAUCCCAAUCUUGGCACACGUCGCCUGGCCGGUGGCCUAGUCGUGGCGCCUUUAGACGAAGUGGUGAGUGGGGGGAUAAGCAUGAAGAGAUGAAUGCCAUCGAGACUAACACACAUGGCCUGACUGAGUGCCAUGUUUGUGC